GCGUUGAGGGAGCGGCCGGCGCGGCGGGUCCCGCGAGAGUGGCGGUCAUGUCGCUGCGGCGCGCGCUGCUGCUGCUGCUGUCGAGCCCGCGGCUCGUGGAGCGGCUCUCGGAGUCGCGGCCCAUCCGCGCCGCCGCCCGCGCCGCCGCCGCCGCCAUCACCCGCGGGCAGCAGCACCUGGGCCCGUGCUUGUUCCGCCUGCGCGACACCUUCCUCGGGGAGCUCAAGGACGGCGCCCGCCAGCGGGGCUGGCCGUGGCCGCGCGGACCGGGCCGCGGCGGCCGCCCUGGAGCAGCGCCCUGAGCAACGCGCCGAGUGGGGAGAGGCGGCACCGCCGGCGAGGGGACGGGAGCGACAGCACCGGAACACGGAGCGGGCUGAAGCCGGCGGGUGAGGAGCCCCGGUGGCUACUGCGGACCCCCGGGCGGCGGACGGCGAGCUGCAGACCCGACGGCGCGUCCCACAUCGCAUGGACACAUGAAGCUAUUGCUGCUCAUCGGUGUGAUGGGUUUUCAUUUCAAAGCCGUUUUACGUGUUCCACAGUUCUCAGGAACAAGCAGACACUCACUAAGCAUCAUCCAGAACGCUGUCAGGAUUGUCACUUUAAGUGCUGCAUAAGAAACUUGAAAUAAAACCACGAUUCCCAUGGGA